GCAAACUUCCUGUAGACAGUAAAGAAUCAGUCAGGUUCCUGUUCAGUACUUUUCCUUUGGAGAAAGGAAUAAAGUCGUUUGCUUGCACACAUAUCUCAUCCAGAAAACACCUUUGAAUUCCAGCUGCAGAGGACUUACCUGUCUCUCCAGGUAGGUCAAGGGCUUCUCUCCUACAUUACAGGAGUUUAAAGAAGCUGGGGAUUUUGUUUCGAGGUAGACUGACAGGUGUGUGUGUGUGUGUGUGUUGCCGGAGAGAGAAAUUCAGAGCAAUAAGGAUGUGUGGUGUGCUCAAAACCCAUGAAGCCGUGCUUAAUUGUUUGUUUUGUUUUUUAAAAAGCAGUAAGUGCUGCAAUCUGACAUCCAAGAAAUCUAUCCCCUUUGGGUGUGGAAGAAUUACAACAGCCUUCCCCAACCUGGUGCUCUCCAGAUGUUUUGGAUUGCAGUGCCCACCAGCCCUUGGGCAGGGAUGAUGGGAACGACAGGCCAAAACAUCUGGAAACUGCCAGGUUGAGCGCCGGCUGCAUUAAACACUCAGAUGUGAAGUUAGCAGCAAGGCUGUUUAGAAGCGAGGGGAAAGCACACCUUUCAGCUGGCUGGCUGCUGCAAACAGCGGGAAUUAGUGGCUGUUUUUAUCUCCACACUCCUGUGUUUCCUUGAACGCUUAACAAACCUGCUGGGUAAGAAAAAAACUUUCAUGGACCACUGCCUGCUUUGUCAAGAUGCAGUCUUAAAGGUGCCAGUGGACUCUUUCGGGUUUUCUUUUCACUACAGGAAAACCGGAUCAUUCUGUUCUUCUGUGUACAUGGCCUUUCAUUAAAGUCCUGGCCCAUCUAGCUUAGUAUUGUCUACACUGACUGGCAGCAGCAACUCUCCAGAGUUUCAGAUGGGACAUUCCCUGCCCUGCCUAGGAUCUUCUGCAUGCAAAGCAGAUGCUCUACCAUUCAGCUACCAUCCUUCCCCUAAAAAUGAAUUAAGAUCCUAGUCCUUAUGGUUUUAAAAGUGGCAGAGCGUGCAGGGCAGAUGCUCUACUACUGAGCUACAACUCAUACUCCUCCAGUGUCUUCAACAGAUGCACGGCACCCAGAAAUAUAGCUGGCAAAGCUUUCCCUGGUAUGGUGAUAAAGAAAUGGGGAAAGAUUCAGCAGCUACACUUAUUUUAUGUUAAUCUGCCCAUGGCCAGAGGCAGAGGAAGAGGGGCAAUGGUCGGUGAAACCCCACCACCACUUACAGUUUACAUUACUCUUAACUUCUUCCUCAUUCCUGUCAAGGCUGAUGAACUCUGAGGCUGCCCAUCUGAUGAGAUGCUUGCAGCAGAUCCAUAAGGUAAGGCUAUUGGUGGCUAUUAGCCACAAUGUUCUCAUAACUAUAAUUAAAGGACCCUGCACUUCUGAAUUUGCUAGUAGGCUACCGUCCCAGGUAUGGUGACUGAUCUGCCACUACAAGCAGAGGCAUAUCUUCUCCCCUACCCUGUGGAAAUAAGUUAGGUAAAGGUAAAGGGACCCCUGACCAUUAGGUCCAGUUGUGACCGACUCUGGGGUUGCGGCACUCAUCUUGCUUUAUUGACCGAGGGAGCCGGCGUACAGCUUCCAGGUCAUGUGGCCAGCAUGACUAAGCCGCUUAUGGCGAACCAGAGCAGCACACGGAAACACCGUUUACCUUCCCGCCAGAGCGGUACCUAUUUAUCUACUUGGCACUUUGACACGCUUUCGAACUGCUAGGUUGGCAGGAGCAGGGACCGAGCAACCGGAGCUCACCCCGUCACGGGGAUUCGAACUGCCGACCUUCUGAUCAGCCAGUCCUAGGCUCUGCAGUUUAACCCACACUGCCACCCGCAUCCCUGGAAAUAAGCUUGUGCCCUCCAACUGCUUCGGGCAACUAUUUAUUCAAUUGAUUAACUGCUUUCUGCAUAAAGAGCCUCUUUAGAACACAAGGCAUAACGUCAGAUGAAAACACCAAUACAUCACAAUAAAAUCCAUAGAAUAACCCUCAGAAGAGACCCAGUUAAACAACAGCAAAAGCCUAUAAUCAGUAAACCGCACCAUCGUCAUCUGUGCAGACUGGGGCUGAUGGAAGUUGUAGUCCAAAACAGCUGAGGGGGGACACAGCUGGAAGUAUGGGACGUGGGUGGCACUGUGGUCUAAACCACUGGGUCUCUUGGAGCUUGCCAACUGGAAGGUCGGCGGAUCAAAUCCCCGUGACAGUGUGAGUUCCCGUUGCUCUGUCCCAGCUCCUGCCAACCUAGCAGUUCAAAAGCACGCCAGUGCAAGUAGAUAAAUAGGUACCGCUGUGGCAGGAAGGUAAACCGUUUCCGUGCAUUCUGGUUUCCAUCACGGUGUUCCGUUGUGCCAGAAGCGGUUUAGUCCUGCUGCCCACAUGACCCAAAAAGCUGUCUGUGGACAAACACCAGGUCCCUCGACCUGAAGGCGAGAUGAGCGCCACAACCCCAUAGUCAUCUUUGACUGGACUUAACCAUCCAGGGGUCCUUUACCUUUUUACCUUUUAGCCCGGUGUGGCUUAUAUGGGCAGUUUUGAGCCUUUCCUCUCUUCUAUUCUUACAAGUUAAACCUAUGUUCUGUUUUGCGUUCCUCGUUCCUGUCCUUUGUCACUUUCUCCACUCCAUCUGUCUUCUGGGACAAAAAAACCUUUCAAAUGCUGAUUGCAGGAUUAUUAUUUUUUACUGCCUGGCUGCGUGUUUGGCAUCUUCCCCCCUCUGCUGGUUGAACUUAGUCAUUGCACCGGCAUAUGUGGGUCAGCCCUUUGAUUCUUUUCAAUUCUCUUGGGGACUCAGCGCCCUUCAAAGAAGUGUUCUUUAUGUUCUUUGUGUUGCAUAACUUUGGUUUUUGCUCACAGGUUCUGGUUUGAAAAGUGUAUUGUUUUUCCUUCUCUGUGGCAAGCAUCCAGUCUGGAGGGAGAGACGGCACUCAUCAUCUUAUAUGGGAAGCAAUGGACUGGAGAAAUAGUAAUUUUUGAUGUGCUUGAAGCCCUAAGAGAGGAUUUUUUAAAAGCCUCCCUCAAAUCUCUGUUUAAUUCCUGCACAUUCAACAGAUGCAGCCAGGACAAAACUGGUUUUCCAACUCUUCUUUGGCUAAAUGUUUGCUUUUCUCAAAACCAGUUUCUGAGUGAUUGGCUGGACCAGGGGCUCAAUGUGGCCAUCAAGCCCUGUUGUGUGUUUUUUGAAAUGUUUAAUCUUUUGGUUGUUGUUGUUAACUUUGCUUGCGUUAAAUAUGUAUUCUGUAGUUGACCACCUUUGUAAUGUUUUAUUUUGAAAUAUUUAGGAUAAUAUUUUAAAAAGGUAAAGGGACCCCUGACCAUUAGGUCCAGCCGUGGCCGACUCUGGGGUUGCGGCGCUCAUCUCGCUUUAUUGGCUGAGGGAGCCGGCAUACAGCUUCCGGGUCAUGUGGCCAGCAUGACUAAGCCGCUUCUGGAGAACCAGAGCAGCACACGGAAACGCCGUUUACCUUCCCGCCGGAGUGGUACCUAUUUAUCUACUUGCACUUUGACGUGCUUUCGAACUCCUAGGUUGGCAAGAGCAGGGACCGAGCAAUGGGAGCUCACCCUGUCUCGGGGAUUCGAACCGCCAACCUUCUGAUCUGCAAGUCCUGGGCUCUGUUGUUUUGACUGUAUACUCUUUAUUUGACUUUCUUCAGAAAUGUUUGAUUCUGGAUUGUUUUACAGUAUUGAUAUUUUAAUAUGCUGUAAACCACUUUGAGAUAUAUAUAUAUAUAUAUAUAUGAGAGAGAGACAUUAAUAAUAAUAAUAAUAUGGCCCUUGAGACUCUCCCCAGGACACACCCUGCCCCAUGAACAAUCUGUCUAAUGUUGAACCUGACCAUUGGUCCAUCUAGCUGAAUCAUCCUGAUUGGCAGCGGUUUUCCUUUCCAGGAGAUCAAGAUCCUUCUGAUCACUUGCUUCCUGAGAUCCUUUCAACUGGGGGUACCACAGACUAAACAUGGUGUGGUCUGUAGUGCAGGCUGCUCCUCCCUCUUUGAAUGCUUGGGUUUAGUUAAUGCUGCACAGUCUGUAGAGCCUUGAAGGCUCCUGUGAGCACACAGGGAUGCACCAGAAUUUCCAGGCUCAGCUCACCUGUGAAACUCGUAGCCUCUUCAUCUGGACUCUCCAUAGGACACACAAACACCCGCUCUGCAAACUCCUUGAGUGUUUUCGUCUGGCUGGGACGGGCAUUUGAAUUCUGAUAAUGCUUCUUGCUUGACAGAAUAGAGGAUGGAGGAGGGUGUCUGAGAGUGCAGAAACCAGCUCGCUUUACAAAGUGGGGAAAAACCUUCAUUGCUUUCCCUACUUUUGGCAAAGCUUCUAGCCCUCAAGGCAGUUGCCUUAAGGGAAUGAGGCAGAUUUAACUUUUCUUAGAGAAAAGUGCCCCUAAAUUGCUUCCAGGCAAUCCUCUCUACUGAGCGUUCAUUCUGACUUUUUGGUGGGGUGGUUAUAAGAUGUUGCACCAAGCAAUUCUUGCCCCGUGCUUUUUCCAUGCAUUUCCCCAUCACUUUCCUUACUGCAAAAAGUGUGAUUUUUAUUUUGAGGGAGAUGAGAGUUUGGUGCACCAGAGUCCACUUCAGUAGCACAAGCUGAAUCUGCUGAUAUGCCUGUUCGAUACACUGCUAAAGCAGCAGCUAUCUGGAAGCACUCAAAAUAAAGGAAGAGGAGGCAGGGUAUUAGCAUGUGUGGCUAAGGGCUAAAACUGCCACUUUUAUUUUGGGGAGAAAAAAAGAAAAAAGAAAGAAACCUUUAUUUUUAAAGAUGCCAAAACGUCAUGCAGUAGCUAGCAAGCUUCUGAGUCCAGCAGAACUCUUCAUCGGGUUGGAUAUUAAGCAAUGCAGGAAUAAGGGAGAAAGCUGACUUUCUAUUGAAACUACAAUGUCUGCAUGGUUCAAAAGCUCACUUUUGUCGCAUUAGGAGUGCUGCUGUUUGGAUUGCUGUGAUGACUGCCUGCACUUCAGAGUUUGCUGUUGCUAGUGAUCCAGCUCUGGUGUGCAGAGAUGAACAUACCAAGGACUUUGGUUGCAGUAUCUCUCUCCCUCUUUCCCCUGCAGGUAUUCAUCAAUGCCAAUGAAAUCCUCGCAGGCAUCAGUCAGCCAUCUGUGUGCAGCGAGGUGCUGCUGUCUGCACCAGGGACUGCAUAUAUGCUGGGUAUGGUAUGGAUUUGUGCCUAUAAAAAAAGGCCCAGUGUCACAACUUCUACUGCCUAUUGGUCUCCCUUUUCUGGAACUUGGGGGGGCUGUUCAGUGAAGCUGACUAUUGGAAGAUUUGAGACAGACAAAAGGCAGUAGUUCCUCACACAAUUAUGGAACUUGCUGCCACGGGAGGCAGUGGGGGCCGAGAAACUUGGAUAGCUUUAAAAAAAAUUAGACAAAUUCAUGGAAAAGGCUGGAAAGCUCAAGAGCAGUGACGUAGCGUGGGUUGCCAAGGCCCGGGGCCACGUGGAGGGAAGGGAGGGAAAUGGACGGAAAAGGAUGGAAUAUGCUCAACUGCAUUCGCGCCACCCAGGAGAUUGCAGCUGUAGAGAUAAGAAGAGUCAUUUCCAUUGACUGGAGAGGUCACUUCCUGGUUCACAUGGAGAAGCCAUUUUCAUUAGACCCCCAGCGAGGGAAGUGCACAGCUGUAAGAAGAAGAAAAAAGGGAUGUGGGUGGCGUUGUGGUCUAAGCCACUGAGACUCUUGAGCUUGCUGAUCAGAAGAUUGGCAAUUUGAAUCCCUGUGAGGGAGUGAGCGCCCGUUGCUCUGUUCCAGCCCAGCAGUUUGAAAGCACACCAGUGCAAGUAGAUAAAUAGGUACUGCUGCGGCGGGAAGGUAAACGGCAUUUCUGUGCGAUCUGGUUUAUGUCACGGUAUCCAUUGUGCCAGAAGCGGUUUAGUCAUGCUGGCCACAUGACCUGGAAAGCUGUCUGCAGACAAACACUGACUCCCUAGGCCUGAAAGCGAGCUGAGUGCCGCAACCCCAUAGUCACCUUUGACUGGACUUAACCGUCCAGGGGUCCUUUACCUUUCUGCACAGCUGUAUUGAGACAGCACCAGGUGUUGAAAUCUUGCGCCCCAACAAAUUUGCAACCCUCCCCAAUGCCACACCACUGCACAGGAGGAGAGGGUUCUUGUGCUUGGGUCCUGCUUGUGAGCAUCCCAUAAUGAGCAUCUGGUUGCCCACUGUGAGAGCAGGAUGCUAGCCUAGAUGAACCACUGGCAGCCUAAAUUUGCCGAUAGGCAAGCUGGAUCUUACCCACAAAACAGUGGACUUUGGGAAGUGGCUGUUGCAGCAAUGCUUGCAAUAUGUGACUUGAGCCCUCAGAGGUGAUAUCCUCCCUCGCUAAUUCUUUUCUAAGUAACUCCACUCCACCUCUUUAUGCUUGUGCAUGUGCAAAUCUAUAUCCCAACAGCUGCAGAGGACGACUUUCCUUGCUGUUUCUUUUUUUGCAUCCAGGGUUGUCGGAAGUGUACCGGGUCUCCAAGCGCUUGGAAGAAGGGAUGAAGGCUCGGAAAGCAGAGAGCGAAGCCCUGCUGCAUUGCCUGCGCAAGGUGGAUCUGGCCUGGAACAACCUGCUGUCCUUUCUCGCCUUUGGCCAUUCUGUGUUCCAGAUGCUGGUAAGGACGUCUUGGGACAUGGGUGGCGCUGCGGGUUAAAUCACAGAGCCUAGGACCUGCCGAUCAGAAGGUCAGCGGUUCGAAUCCCCACGACGGGGUGAGCUCCCGUUGCUCAGUCCCUGCUCCUGCCCACCUAGCAGUUCGAAAGCAUGUCCAAGUGCAAGUAGAUAAAUAGGUACUGCUCUGGCGGGAAGGUAAACGGUGUUUCCGUGUGCUGCUCUGGUUCGCCAUAAGCAGCUUAGUCAUGCUGGCCACAUGACCCGGAAGCUGUAUGCCAGCUCCCUCAGCCAAUAAAGUGAGAUGAGUGCUGCUACCCCAGAGUCGGCCACGACUGGACCUAAUGGUCAGGGGUCCCUUUACCUUUAAGGACGUCUUAGUGGAUACAUGAAGAACACCCGGAAGCAAGGGCUAGCGCUGACCCCACCUCUCCCUCUGCUUAGCUUAUUUGGUGGGUUUCUCUCUGAUGACAGCUUGUUUCCAUACCCUCCAACAAUUCUCCAAUGAAAACAGGGACGUUCUAAGGAACAGCAGGACGUUCUGGGAUCCAGUCAGAAACUGGGGUGGCUUCUGUAAACCCGGGACUGUCAAAACUGGGACACUUGGAGGGUCUGUAUUUAUUUGACCUGCUGAGGCUUGGUCAAUGGCACUCUGGGAAAUGGUGUCAUCAUUCCGGCGGUGAAAUAAGCAGCAGCUUAUUUAUUUGUCCCUUAGGAAGAAAGAAAGCUGUCAAACAGAACUGGGUCAUCUAGCUCAGGAAUGUCCGCACCAUCGGAUCAUUCUGUUCUUCUGGGUACAUGGCCUUUCAUUAAAGUACUGGUCCGUCUAGCUCAGUAUUGUCCACACUGACUGGCAGCAGCUCUCCAGGAUUUCAGGCAAGGGGACAUUCCCAAUCCAACCUGGAAAUUCUGAGAUUGAACCCAGGACCUUCUGCAUGCAAAGCAGGUGUCUUGCCACUGAGCUACAGCCAUUCACUGUGCUGAAUCAGACUCUUGGUCCAUCGAGCUCAGUGCUGCCUACACUGACUGGCAGCAGCUCUCUGGGGUUUCAGGCAGGGAGUCUUUCCCAGCCCUACCUGGAGAUGGUGGGGAUUGAACCCGGGACCUUCUGCAUGCAAAGCAAGUGCUCAACCACUGAGCUACAACCUUCUUCACCAUCUCUCUCAGCAUUGCUUACUCUGACUGGCAGUGUGCCUCUUCAGAGUUCUGAAGAGCUGUUCGACAGUGGAAUUUGCUGCCAAGGAGUGUGGUGGAGUCUCCUUCUUUGGAGGUCUUUAAGCAGAGGCUUGACAACCAUAUGUCAGGAGUGUUCUGAUGGUGUUUCCUGCUUGGCAGGGGGUUGGACUCGAUGGCCCUUGUGGUCUAUUCCAACUCUAUGAUUCUAUGAUUCUAUGAUCCUUGACCAAGUGCCUGGGUUGCUGAUUUGGCCUUUGGGGGAGAGAAAGCCAGGUUCUGACACUUUGGGUGCCCCCCCACCGUGUUGACUUUGCUUACAGAAUGUUAACCUGCUGGAGCCGUCUGGUGAAAGUGACUCUCACUUGUCAGCUUCUGACCUAGCACCCGAACCAGUCUGUGGGGUUUGCCUAACUGAGGUGAAGCGGGAGCCCCAGGUGAACUUAUUCAUUUUCUAAUUUGUUUCACACAUGGAAUGGGGAAUCUGUGGUCCUCUAGAUGCUGGUGUUAAAAGUGCCAGACUAGGGACUUAAGAGAGCAGGGUUUGAAUCCCCACUCAGCCAUGAAGCUUGGGCCAGUUGCUGCCUUUCAGCCAAACUACCUCACAGGGUUGUUGUGGGGAUUAAGUGAGGAGUACCUUGUACUGUACACUGCCUUGAGGAAAAAUGGUUGGGAUGUGAUUAUAAUAAGCAUGUCUAUUCUUAUCACCGUCACGACUACUACUAUUUGGUAGUAGUAUUUUAGUUGCUUGUUAUCCAAAUGUAAGGGACGCGGGAGGCACUGUGGUGUAAACCACUGAGCCGCUUGGGCUCACCGAUCAGAAGGUUGGCGGUUUGAAUCCCCACAAUGGAGUGAGCUCCCGCUGCUCUGUCCCAGCUCCUGCCAACCUAGCAGUUCGAAAGCACGCCAGUGCAAGUAGAUAAAUAGGUACCACUGCAGCGGGAAGGUAAACUGUGUUUCCGUGAGCUCUGGUUUCCGUCACAGUGUCCCACUGUGCCAGAAGCAGUUUAGUCAUGCUGGCCAUAUGACCCUUAAAGCUGUCUGUGGACAAACACCGGCUCCCUUGGCCUGAAAGCGAGAUGAGCGCCACAACCCCAUAGUCGCCUUUGACCAUCCAGGGAUCCUUUACCUUUAUCCAGAUUUUAAAAUGACCAUAAUAGUUGUCGUUGUUAAAUUUAUUGCCUUCCCUUCACUGGCAGGUCCCAGGAUAGGUUACAUCAGCUUAAAAUGCAGAAUUAAAAACUGUUGAAACAUUACAGUCAGAGGAAUACGGUGGGUCCUGAAAACUCACAUCUCAGGUGUUCAAGGCUUGUUUAAAAAAGAACAUUUUCAGCGUUUAUUGAAAGCUGGAGAAUGAAGGUGCCAGGCACACUUCUGUGGGGUACAAAACAGAAGCAUGAAAACAGAAGAACACCCUUAACAGCCACAAUAAGCUUUGGCAGCACAUCUUAGUCUAUGAGAUGCCUAGGGGAAAACACAACUGUCUAACUGGCGUUGCAAAGAUCUUAAUGAAGGUUUCAGGUGGAUCACACUGGGAAGGGUAUCCUGCGUACAAGCCGUGACCGAAAAGGCCUUAUUUAUUUUUCUUUGCCUUCUCAGGUGAGUUCUGGAAACUCAGAUCCUAUUAUGUAUGAAGGUAGCUGUUAUCAUGCCAGCUGUGCCAAUUUCUGGCUGAACUGUGUGGAUGCCACUUUGCCAGGAGGGACGUGAUUCUCUCCCCCCCCCCCCAAUUUUCUGAAUGUACUCCAGUCGUCAGUUUCUUUGGAGGUUAAGAAGAUCUGGAGACACAAACAGAGACUUUUGGAAGGCUACAGAAUCAUCUCCCAAGGCUUCAUUGCUGGUGGGAAGUAUCUCUGGAGAGACAAAACAAGAUUGCAUGAAACCAGACUUGUACUUUUCUGUUCAUCAAAACAAUCUUGUUUUUUAGGAUGCUUUAAAAUGUGCCCAGGAACAACCUGUUUUCUAAUUUAUUUCGAGCACUUCUCUAUCUGUAUUCUGUGGUUUGCAUCCAGACUAAAUCAGUGGUGGUUCGUCUCUGUGAGCAUCAGUGGGACUACACAGAAUCUUUUUGCACGAUUGAUGUUGUUGGUGAAGCUUCUACCUCGAGUGACAGCUUUUUGGAUCUGCUGUGACUUUUUCUGCCCACCCAACCAAACGUCUGCUAGAUGUUUUGGACUACAAUAUAUAAUUCGGUAUUUGAAUGAUUGGUAUUAGUAAUUGUAUUAUAAUUUGGUAUUGUUAUAAUGAGGCUGUUAUUGGGUGGUAAUUGAAAAUUAAUAAAAAUUAUUAUCAGCCUGAUGACCACCAGAAGUUUUACACUACAACUCCCAUCAGCUCCGGAACCAUACGGCCAUGCUGGCUGAGAGUGAUGGGAGUUGUACUGUAGUUUAAAACUUCUGGUGGUCACCAGGCUGGGCUAGGGCUUAGCAGUGUGAGACCUGACGCGGGCAGCCACGAUUUACAUCCCUGGUAUCUUUGCUCCAUUGCCAAUUUUAUGCCAUCUUACUUUGGUCCGACUGAAUUGAAUUAGCCUUGCACUUAAGUAUGCACAUGACAUUUGCAACCAGUAUUGCCAAAUAAAGUCUUAAUGCAGGUCUGUAGCCUGAAAUGUGGGGGUAAAGAGGCCUAAGGAAAUACUGUAAAAU